AUGUCAUCUUCAAAGCUAUUCGUUGGAGGUCUCUCAUAUAAUAUGGAUGAAAUGAGUUUGAGGGAGGCAUUCUCCGGAUGUGGCGAAGUGGUAGAAGCUAGAAUAAUCAUGGAUCGUGAGACCAGUAGGUCCCGAGGAUUUGGCUUUGUGACCUAUACAUCAACUGACGAGGCUUGCAGUGCCAUUCAAGAACUAGAUGGCCAGGUGCAGUUAGAAAAUCUACCUACCAUGGUUGCUGGUGUUUUAACGGAUGACGCUGGUAGACAGCUUGAGGCGACUACCCAAUUCAGAAAAUUGCUGUCCAUAGAACGGAGUCCUCCAAUUCAUAAGGUAAUUCAAGCUGGUGUUGUUCCUCGCCUUGUUGAAUUUCUCAUGAGGGAAGACUUCCCACAACUUCAGUUUGAGGCAGCUUGGGCUCUCACAAAUAUUGCUUCUGGGACAUCUGAGCAUACAAAGGCUGUAUGGGCCUUAGGAAAUGUGGCCGACGACUCCCCCAAAUGCCAAGAUCUUGUGCUUGGCUCAUUUAUUGGCUCAGUUGAAUGA